CUCUAACCGAUUGACAUAACCAGCUCUCCCUUAAACCGAACAUAACCUACGCAUAACCGAUACAUAUUCCAGCUAACGGAAAACACGCGUUUCUCAUAUCUCUGUGUAUCUGAAUUUGUGCCUGUGUGAACAUGAGGACACACUAGAAUAAAAGUGACAAGAAAAAUCAAGAACUUUUUCAAGCAAUUCCAAGAAACUAUACAAAAAACAGCAAAAUGCAUUCCGUGGAAGACAUGUUGGUGGAGAAAAACUACAGUAAGUGCCCGCUGAAAAAGCGCCCGGUUAACUACCAAUUCGAGGCGCCACAAACUAAUACACCGAACGAGCCGCAGGAUCUGUGCGUGAAGAAAAUGGAGAUUCUGGAGGACAAUCCCUCCGAGGAGCUGAUCAACGUGAGCGAUUGCUGCGAGGACGAGGGCGUGGAUGUGGAUCACACGGACGACGAGCACAUCGACGAGGAGGAGGACGAGGAUGUGGACGUGGAUGUGGACUCGGAUCCCAAUCAAAAUCAGGCUGCAGCUUUGGCUGCUGCCGCCGCCGUGGCCGCCGCUGCUGCCGCCUCCGUCGUCGUGCCCACGCCUACAUACCCCAAAUAUCCCUGGAACUUCCACAUGUCCCCCUAUACCGCCGAAUUCUAUAGGACCAUCAAUCAGCCGGCUGGCCAUCAGAUUUCCCCACUGCGUGGCGAUUUGAUUGCACCCAGUUCUCCCAGUGACUCGCUGGGCUCCCUGUCGCCGCCACCACAUCACUAUCUUCAUGGACGCGCCAGCUCCGUUUCGCCGCCCAUGAGAUCGGAAAUAAUCCACCGACCCAUUGGCGUGAGGCAGCAUCGCUUUCUGCCCUAUCCCCAGAUGGCCGGCUACCCGAAUCUCGGUGGCUAUCCCCAUCAUCACCAUGCGCCAAUCUCACCGGCCUAUUCGGAGAACUCCUACUACUCCAUGCGCUCGAUGACUCCCGAGUCCAGCUGCAGUUCCUCGCUGCCCGAGGAUCUCUCGCUGAAGCACAAGAACCUGAACCUGAGCCAGAAGAGCCAGCAGCUUGGGGAACUCCCUCCCGUUAAGACAGGGGAAUCCUCUCCUGCUUUGCUGCCCAGUCCGAGCAAGAAGGACAAGAGCCAGCCGCCGCGCUACCAGUGCCCCGAUUGCCAGAAGUCCUACUCCACCUUCUCCGGACUGACCAAACACCAGCAGUUCCAUUGCCCCGCCGCCGAGGGCAACCAGGUGAAGAAGUCCUUCAGCUGCAAGGACUGCGACAAGACCUACGUUUCCCUGGGCGCCCUCAAGAUGCACAUUCGCACCCACACGCUGCCCUGCAAGUGCAAUCUGUGCGGCAAGGCCUUCUCGAGACCCUGGCUCCUCCAGGGACACAUUCGCACUCAUACGGGAGAGAAGCCCUUCAGCUGCCAGCAUUGCCACAGGGCCUUUGCCGAUCGCUCGAAUCUGCGAGCCCAUCUGCAGACCCACUCGGACAUCAAGAAGUACUCCUGCACCAGUUGUUCGAAGACCUUUUCCAGGAUGUCCCUGCUAACCAAACAUUCGGAGGGCGGAUGUCCUGGCGGCAAUGCGGGAGGAUCCCCCAACAGCAGCAGCAGCGAACUCAACUAUGCCGGCUACGCCGAGCAAUAGGUUAUAUAUACACUAUAUAGCUGAGAUCCCAGCCAUGUUCCACCAAAAAUUAGUUCCUAGCUCUCUUAGGCGGCUCCAAGUUCCCGAAAAAAAAAGAAAACAAAAAAUCCCAGUGCAGACACACAACUUCAAGCAGAAUUUCACUUAUUUUUAUUUUCUAGUCAGCAU